CAGGUCUUCUCCUUGCCUGAGUCUUCGCUCAUGCCUUCAUGCUUUCUCAUUCACUCAGGUCCUGGAUUUAUACGUUAUACAAGGCAGCUCUACGGGGCCAGCAGGUCUUCCUGAAGGCUGAGGACGCGCCCGCCGGCUCCGACACGCUACAGGAUGCUUUGCUCAGCCUGGGCUCCGUUAUCGAUGUCUCCAGCCUCCGGGAAGUUGUCAAAGACGCCAUCGCGUCCGUGCUCCCUAAAGUGGAAAGGGUGUAUGUCUACCUGUUGGAUGAAGACGCCCGGCUGACAUGCAACGACCCACCUCAUGAGUUACCACAGGAGGGAAAACUCAGAGAUGCCAUCCUCAAGCAGAAGCGGGUGGAGUGCAAUGGCCUGCCAGCGGCUGAGCUGCAGGGCAAGCCGAUGGUCAGCUUGGCUGCACCGUUGCCUCCAGACAAGCAAGUGUUAAUAAUCCCCUUGGUGGACAAGGAUGCCGGGACAGUGGUUUGCGUCAUCUUGGUGCACUGCAGCCCUCUCAGUGACUCUGAUGAACGGCACUUGCAGGCUUUGGAGAAACAUAUCCUGGUGUCCUACAAGCGCCUCCAAGCCCUGAAGAAACGGCAGCCCUGGCCCCAGGUCAACCUCUCCUCCAGCUCCUCGCAGAAUUCCUUGGCUAAAGCUGAGAAGGCCCCCAAGAGCAGCUACAAUGACCUGGACCGCAAGAUCCUCCAACUGUGUGGGGAGCUGUAUGACCUGGAUGCAGCUUCGCUCCAGCUUAAAGUCAUUAAUUAUCUGAGGCAGGAAACCCAGUCCCCCUGCUGCUGCCUCCUCUUGGUGUCAGAAGAUAACCACCAGCUGUUCUGCCAGGUUGUUGGGGAUAAAGUGCUGGAGGAAGAGAUCAGCUUUCCGCUAACGUUUGGCCGUCUGGGAAAGGUUGUGGAGGAGAAGAAAUCCAUCACUCUUCAAGAUAUCAGUGUGGAAGAGCACAAGCAGUUGAACAGCAUGCUGGGCUUUGAAGUGACCGCCAUGCUCUGCGUCCCAGUCAUCAGCCGGGCCACCUCCCAGGUUGUGGCUUUGGCCUGCGCUUUCAAUAAGCUCGGAGGAGAGAGUUACACCGAAGACGAUGAGCACCGGAUCCAGCACUGCUUCUGCUACACCUCCACGGUGCUGACCAGCACUCUGGCCUUCCAGAAGGAGCAGAAGCUCAAGUGCGAGUGUCAGGCACUAUUGCAAGUGGCCAAGAACCUCUUCACGCAUCUCGAUGACGUGUCCGUGCUGCUCCAAGAGAUCAUCACAGAAGCCCGGAAUCUGAGCAAUGCCGAAAUAUGCUCCGUUUUCCUCUUGGACAGAAGCAGCCACGAACUGGUGGCCAAAGUGUUUGAUGGGGGUGUGGUGGACGAUGAGAGCUACGAAAUCCGAAUUCCAGCAGACCAGGGCAUUGCGGGCCACGUGGCCACGACUGGAAAGAUCUUGAACAUCAAGGAUGCCUAUUCCCACCCCCUCUUCUACCGUGGCGUGGAUGACAGCACCGGAUUCCGCACCAGGAACAUCCUCUGCUUUCCCAUCAAGGACGAGAACCAAGAGGUCAUUGGUGUGGCCGAGCUGGUGAACAAAAUCAACGGGCCUUGGUUCAGCAAGUUUGACGAGGACCUGGCCACUGCAUUCUCCAUCUACUGUGGCAUCAGCAUUGCUCACUCUCUGCUCUAUAAGAAGGUCCAUGAAGCUCAGUACCGAAGCCACCUGGCAAAUGAGAUGAUGAUGUACCAUAUGAAGGUGUGUGAAGAUGAAUAUACCAUGCUUCUCAAUGAGGGCAUCAAACAGGUCCCAGAGUUCGACUCCAACUUUGACAAAUUCACCUAUACGCCCCGCUCCCUUCCUGAGGACGACACGUGCAUGGCCAUUCUGAGCAUGUUGCAAGACAUGAACUUCAUCAACAAUUACAAAAUCGACCGCCAUACGCUUGUCAGGUUCUGCCUGAUGGUGAAAAAGGGCUACAGGGACCCUCCCUACCACAACUGGAUGCACGCCUUCUCCGUUUCCCACUUCUGCUACCUGCUGUACACAAACCUGGAGCUGAUCAAUUACCUGGAAGACAUUGAAAUCUUUGCCUUGUUCAUCUCCUGCAUGUGCCAUGACCUGGACCAUCGAGGCACAAACAACUCCUUUCAGGUGGCUUCGAAAUCGGUCCUGGCUGCCUUGUACAGCUCAGAAGGUUCUGUGAUGGAGAGGCACCAUUUCGCUCAGGCCAUUGCCAUCUUGAACACCCAGGGCUGCAACAUCUUCGAUCACUUCUCCCGAAAGGACUACCAACGGAUGCUGGAUUUGAUGAGAGAUAUUAUCCUGGCCACUGAUCUUGCACACCACUUGAGAAUCUUCAAAGACCUCCAGAAAAUGGCGGAAGUGGGCUAUGACCCCCAAAACAAGAACCACCACAGCCUUUUGCUGUGCCUUCUCAUGACCUCCUGUGACCUCUCAGACCAGACGAAGGGCUGGAAAACCACCCGCAAGAUUGCUGAAUUGAUCUACAAGGAAUUCUUCUCCCAAGGAGAUCUGGAGAAAGCCAUGGGCAACCGGCCAAUGGAGAUGAUGGACCGAGAAAAAGCCUACAUCCCAGAGCUGCAGAUAAGCUUCAUGGAACACAUCGCCAUGCCCAUCUACAAGGUGCUCCAGGACCUCUUCCCCAAAUCGUCCGAGCUGUAUGAGAGGGUGGCCAGCAACAGGGAGCACUGGACCAAAGUAUCGCACAAAUUCACCAUUCGGGGCCUCCCCAGCAACAAUUCUCUGGACUUUCUGGACGAAGAAUAUGACCUGCAGAUAAUGGCGGACAACGGGGCCAAGAUGAACGGGUGCCUGGACUGCGAAGAGGGGCAUAUGGGGGCAGUGCUGGAAUGAUGCCCACGCCGCCCUGACCCCCACUUGGCACAGACUCGGACACACACAAGUGCAACUUUGUAACCUUUUCCCUCCCGGAAAAGGACGGGGCUGAUUUUGGAAACCGACAAACAAAAAGGGGUUUUUAUUUAUACAAGUUCUAUCCGCCACAACAUUUUCCUCCGCCCCCUUCCACCCCAUUUUCCGCCACUCCUCUGCCCCCCAUGCACCCCCCCCCAUUUCAUGGACCGGCCUCUUCCAUUAACGCUGAGACUCUGCCCGCUUGCUGUCGUUUUCAGCUUGCUUGCACUGUUGAGUUUAAAUGAAUGCACAGCCCCCGCCCCCGCCCUUCUGCCUUCGCUCAUGUGCUGUAACAUCUGCCAGAGGGGUCUGCUAUCAGACCAGGUCAGAUUUUUUUUAACAGCCAGCAGAGAUAUGUACAGAGGUUGUUAAUUAGCCUGCCCCAUGGAAGGGUUCUCUGCUUUGGGUCUAAGAAAAGGGGGUCCCAGAUGCUGCGGACACGCAGAGAGUUUCCCUUGCAAGGAUGGAAAAUAUUGCUGUAUCCUGUGCUGGGGAGCAUAUUGUGUGGGUGGGACUGGAUUUUUUUUUCCUGCAGGUGGAUCUUGAAAAAAAGACUUUUCAAUAUUUUGUCCCCCAAAUUUGAUUCAAGCUUUGUGUCGCUGCAAGCAGUUAGCAGAGGAGACCCACCCAUUCCCAGCAAAUUGCACCAACCAUUUCUAUUUCUCCUCCCCGCAAUUUUGAAACAUCUGGUUCCUGACAGAGGCAGGGUACUGGGUGUGCUGAGCUAUAGGUGUAAAGCAGUUUGGGAGCCUUUUUAAAUUCUGAAUAUGCAGUGCCCAAGCAAGCAAGGAGUGACCGGCAGAGGACCCCUCCAUCCCAGUCAGCUGCAGAAACAAUCCAGAAUUAUAUCCAUCUUCUUGUCCAAACACAUUUCCAGCCUCCGUGCUCCCUGUGUUGCGUGAAGGAGGGCAGCAGGUUGGAAGAUCCUGCUUACAGCCAGAGAUCCUGAUACUGUUUGCCCUGGACACUGGGCAGUCCUGUAUCCAAUCUGAAACGGAGCCUAAACUUAGCCUGCCCCCUUUUUAGGGUUUCGCACCAUCCCUCAUUCUAAUACAAGUAUAUUUAGCCAUAGCUUACCGCAUAUCUGUGGCUCAUGUUCUCAAAGGCCAAGAGG